AUGCCUAGUUGUCUAGUUUGUGGAAGAACGAACAAUGCCAAAGCUAAAUCGGCUAAUAUAACUUUUCAUGGAUUUCCGCUUAAAGACACUUACAAGAAUAAAUGGUACAAUUUUUUGGGAGAAAAUGGCAUACUACCUGAUAAAGUAUCAAAGACAAGUUUAGUUUGUUCAGCACAUUUUGACGAUUCAUUUUUUGUAAUGGGAAAUGGUAGAAGACUGUUACUUAAACAUGCUAUUCCAACUAAAAUUAUCAACAGAAUAAAAUGUGCUAAACAACAAUACUCAAAAACUGUAACCAACUUGCCUGUAAUUAAAACUUUUUAUACUAGUUCUGCUAGCGAUUCAGUUGACAAUAUUGCUUCUUUAAAUGUUACCAGAACUUUAGUAAAGUGUCCUUUGAGCAAUAUAGAGGUAGACGGAGUAUCUUUGUUGGAACCAGUUCAAUCAAGUUCUAGUGAAGAAGGAGUACUACCAUUAGACAAUUCUUCUGUAUCAAUGAUGAAUUGUGAAACAAUCACACCCAAUAAAAAUAUCUCGAAUGUACUUCACUCAUCCAUAGACACCGAGAUAGUUCCAGAUGACACUCCACGCAAAAUCGCAUUGAAAAAAAAUUUUCGCCAACUAUCACAUGAACUCACUAUCAGAAAUAUUAAAAUAAAAACCCUUCAGCAAAAAAUAAGGCGCCUAAGUAAAAGAAUUUCAUAUAGGAAGAAUAUAAUUUCCGAGCGUCAAAAACAAAAUUUAAUUGACGAGGAAGCCAGUUAUACCCUGUCUGAAUCUUUUGGAUUCAAUGCUACACCACUGUGA